AUGGGGUUCCAAGGGAAUGCGUAUACUUGGAAAGGGCAUAGAGCUGAAGGGGUGUUGAUCCAAGAGCGCCUUGAUAGAGGGCUGAUAAACUCUAGCUGGCAGGAGGUUUGGCCAUGCUCUGUUGCAAUUCAUCUCCCAUAUGUGGGUUCUGACCAUUGUCCCAUUCUCAUUCUAACUGAAGGAAGACAGGAAAAGGUUUCUCGUCUGUUCAAAUUCGAAGCUUACUGGGUUGCUGACCCAGAAUGUGGAAAAGUGAUUCACAGGAGCUGGAACAUGAAUAAUUGGAGGGGUAUAGUGACAUGCUGGAGUAAAAAGCAAAGAAGGUGCAGAUACGAGUUAAGAAAGUGGAGCAGAGGAAAGUAUUCAAAUGCCAUGUUGAAAACUGAAAAGUUAACUGCUGAGCUCGAGUUGUUACAACGUGACUGGGAAGAAAAUGAGAGAAGAAUUGAGCAGAUAAAAAUUGAGCUAAAUGAGACACAGGGGCAAGAAGAGAGUUUUUAG